GCCAUUCUAAACAAAACAAGUUUUUAUGAGGAAGGCUGAACUGAUGGUAUAUGCAGGACAUUCUAAUUUUUGGGUGUAUAUACCAAAUUUUUGAAAUAUACAACACAAGUUAUCAUAUAGUUAUUUAAGUCAUAAACAAUUAAUAAACAUAGGAUAUGGAACUGCAAGAACAAGGACAAGAACUGCAACCUAUCAGCAUAGCAUCAGAAGACACUGCGGCAGCUUCAAUUGCCACAUCAGAACAAGAUACACUUACAGUUGUCUCUGAAUCAACAGGUCUGGAAAUUGAUAACCACAACAGAUUUAACAACAAUAUAACGUCAAAUGGGAAGCAUGGUUCAUCUACACCUACUCCAUCGUCAAUUAAGAAGUUAAAGACUGAAUCACCACGUGAAUCCUCCAUCGAUCCAGAACAUGCGAAUAGUUUUGCUUCUGUGCCUGAUGGUCCACCAAUUCAUGAAAUCGUAGGUGGAUCUAGUGUUAGACAAUAUUUAAACAAGCAUUUAACAGCUCAUUUAUUAGAAGGAUUACGACAAAUAGGAGCAGAUAAACCAGAAGAUCCUUUGCGUGUGUUAGGAGAGUAUUUAAUUGCUAAAUCUGAUGAAUUGAAAGAUCAAGAUCAAUCCUCAUAAGCAGUAGUUAUUGAAAGAGAAGCAAGUGAGCCAAGUGAGGAGCCUGUAUUGUUAGAUAAUACGCUAACCUCUCUAGACUUAACAGUGAAUCAUUGAGGGAGGAGUCCUGAUGAACUUCAUGUUGUAAUAUUAGAAAAGAUAUUAUGUUGCCAUUACUGUCAUUAAUUCUAAUGACAGAUGUAAUUUAAGUUAUCAUAUGUAAUCUUGUAUAAAUAGUUUGAUUGGCAAUGUAUCACACCCAGUAAUAAUAAUAAUAA